AUGAAAUUUUAAUUUAAAGUUCAAAAUUCAUUUGAAUAAAGAAGAAAAUAAUCUUUUUAUUAAUUGAAAAAUAUGAUUAGUGGGUGCCUAUAAUUGCCGAAUAAUAAAUGGAUAAUGGAAUAUAGAAAAAAGGAAAUCCAAAUAAUCUUUAGAGAAUUUAAAAAAUGAUGGUUCUGGGAUCAAUGUAAAUUUAAAAUCUAUUCAAUAAAUUUAAAACAUAAUUUUAACCAUAUAUAUCUGAAAAGCAUGGACUAUUUAUAUUUUUUGGUGGAAAUAAACUAUUAUCAAAUCAAAUGUCAAAUACUAUCAUGGAGCUUUAUUAAAAAUAUAAGGAUGAUGAUGGAUGGCUUUACUUAUAAAUAAAUAUAUAAGAAAAAUCAGGUUGA